UCUGAUGUUUAGAAAAGCUUCCUCUGCACCGCUCCCCUGCUUUCAGACCGUUCUUGUUUUUUGAAUCUUGAAGUUACUCAAAAGGCCUGUCUCGGUCUCCAUGGCCCCGAUUAUGACUCUACUUAUUUUCCCCAGUGGAGACUAGAUGGGGGAUAUUUUUAAGAUCCCGAAGUCACAUUCUAAGGCAUUCUCCCGAAAACCUCCAAAGUGGGGUCGGGGGUAGGGGCCCCUCUGAGACAGCAAUUGAGAGUCAGGCAGAACUGGAUUGCAAAGUGUAUGGGCAGAAACCAUGCUGCCAUGAAGACGUAGGUACAGCUUUCACAUGAACACAGCUGGCACUAUUAUAAUUUAGUGCUCCAAAGGAAGACUGUCAGAGAACACAAAAGGACGUUUCUGAGGCCAAAGAAUGUAGGAACCUGAACUUGAAACCUGAGCUACUGCCUGAAGGUAUGGUGAGGCCAACAGAUGAAGAAAAGGUAGCCUGUUAUUCCCAGGUCUCAGAAGGAGUGAGGCAUGGUGCCUUACGAAGAGCCGCACAGCGCACCGCCAAGCUGUUAACUAACAGGAGACAAUGAAACCGAAGAUGGAGGCAGCAUGGACCAGUGUCCUUCAUUAGAAGUCAGCCGUAGUGAUGGCGGAGAGUCCCCAGGAGAAACUCGAGAACCUGAGCAUCUGACCUGUAUGGACUCUGGGGAUUCUUCCUUUGGACAGAAUGAUUCCCCUACUAUUUUGCCCAUUCCUGCUCCUGAAACAGAUGAGUCACUCACAUCACAGGACAUGCCAGAGACACUGACCGAGGCACAGACCCUUCAUGAGGAGCAGUUUCGUCUUUUGGACCCAAAUGGGCAGCCUCUUCAAUAUGACCUUCAGUCACUGGGCGAUUCUAAUGCACAAAUGAUGAUCGCUACGAGCCCAUCAGAAAACGGACAGGUGCUUCAUAUAAUUCCAUCUACCCAGACAGGAAUGGCUCAAGUGAUCAUACCUCAGGAGCCGCUUGUGGAUGUGACUAGUCCUCAAGAUGCCUCUGAAGAGAAACCCACUGACAGAAGCUUACCAACUGUAAGAGCAGACACUCUAGAAGCCAGCACCAAUGACUACAUUCUUCGUUCUCAAGCAUCCCUUGGGUUUCCCAAAAAGUCAGGGACCAGAAUGCUCGAAGAAUCUUUGCCGGCUCCUCUUCAGCCACUGUCUUGUAACACACCGAUCUGGGCCUGCCGUCUUAGGAGUUGUGAGAAAAUUGGAGAUUCCUACCGUGGCUACUGUGUCAGUGAGACUGAACUAGAAAGCAUCCUCACUUUUCACAAGCAGCAAACCCGGAGUGUCUGGGGCACUCGCCAGUCUCCAAGCCCAGCCAAACCUGCCACGCGCUUGAUGUGGAAGUCCCAGUAUGUGCCCUACGACGGCAUCCCGUUUGUCAAUGCAGGUAGUCGAGCUGUAGUAAUGGAGUGUCAGUAUGGACCAAGAAGGAAAGGUUUCCAGUUAAAAAGAAUCAGUGAGCAAGAAAGCAGGUCUUGUCAUCUCUACAAAGCUACUUGUCCAGCCAGGAUUUACAUUAAAAAGGUACAGAAGUUCCCUGAAUAUAGAGUGCCUACAGACCCCCAGAUAGACAGGAAGAUCAUCAGAAUGGAGCAGGAGAAAGCCUUCACCAUGCUGAAGAAGAACUUGGUAGAUGCUGGUGGUGUCCUUCGAUGGUAUGUGCAGUUACCUACACAGCAAGCUCAUCAGUAUCAUGAACUAGAGACUCGGGGCCUCCCUCUCUCACUGGCUCCUUUUCCUGUGUCUGCUCCUGAGGAAGAGGAAACUGUAGUCAGAGAUGAGAACUGUGCGUUGCCCUCACGCCUCCACCCGCAAGUAGCGCAUAAGAUUCAGGAGCUAGUGUCACAGGGCGUGGGACACGUGUACGCAGUGAGGAAGCAGCUCAGGAAAUUUGUGGAAAGAGAACUGUUCAAACCUGAUGAGGUACCUGAAAGACAUAAUUUAUCAUUUUUUCCAACUGUAAAUGAUAUAAAAAAUCAUAUCCAUGAGGUACAGAAAUCAUUGAGGACUGGAGAUGUGGUAUAUAACUCAGAGGUGAUUCCAGCAACGCUUCAGUGGACCACAGAUAGUGGGAAUAUUCUCAGAGAGACUGUAACAGUUACAUUUGCAGAAGGACACUCACUAGGAGAACCAGUUGCCAGCAGCGUGGGGGCGCGUCGGGCACAGACUUCUCUGUCUCCAGAGCCAUGUCACCUGCUCUCCCCGCUCUCUUCAUUUCAGCCCAAAAUCUUCUCACACUCACAGGGUUUGAAGUUACAGCCAAGACUUUCCUCUCCUGAUGGAUCACAAGCUCUGGUGUCAGGAACUAGCCAUCCCUCCUCCAGUCCUUCAGGACUUCUGGAUACAGUAGGAAAUGCUGUAGUGAAUAAUCAUUCUCUGCUGCUUGGUCAAAGUCAGAGCCUUCGAACAGAUACAUGCCUAAUGCGAAACAAUAGUGCUGCCUCUACCAUGGGGAAUCUCCCAGAAUCAGUUCAAAAUCUCGGAACGGAUCAGCUGGUGGAAGCUGAAGAUGUUGAGGAUACGGGGAAUCUGGAAGGAAGUGUAAAUAGGAUUCUGUUGGGAGAUGUGCAAACUGUUCCAAUACCAAUCAUAGACAGCCAUCCAGCUCUUAUUGAAGAAAGUCUAGAAGAUACCCUGUCUGUGAACCAAGUUAAACAAGAACCCAAAGAGCCAACACUGUCUAUGGGAGCAAAAACUUUUCUGGACUGUAAAAAAUUAUCUGCUACAUAAAAUGUUUAAAGCUUUUCAGAAUUGACAGCUCUGGCACCUUCUGAUGUCUUAGAAGGGGAAGCUUUCCAGGGCAUGUUAUGUCAGUCACUGGACCAGAACUGAAUGAUGCAGCUUUGACUUAAAACUUGAAUGUUUGUUGUCAAUUCCAUAUUUGUAUUCCCCUUAAGAAAUAUUUUACUUCAUUUUGUAUUCCUUUUUUUUUUUUGUUAUCCAGUUAGACAUGUGUUUGAAAAGAUCACAGUAAUUUAGUGUGAACACAAAUGGUUAUCUCAUCCCCGGAAAUACCGAGUAUUGCUUCUUAUAAGACAACCAAGUCCAACAAUAAAAGCAGUGUGAGUGCA